AUGAGGGAGACAGCAAAGCUGAGGGAGCAGUGGUGGAUGGCGAGGAAGCUUCAAUUCAACUGGCUCAUUCUAGAGGUUGGCCUAAGAGGUUUCUCUGGGGAGGCAGUCCCACAGGUUACAUCUCUUUUCUUCCCCACAGGCUCUGAAAAGCGGCCAGUCCUCAAAUUUGAAGUUGAAAACGUCUCCAACUACACUGCCCUUCUGCUGAGCGCGGACAGCAAGACUCUGUAUGUGGGUGCCCGAGAGGUCCUCUUCGCCCUCAACAGCAGCCUCAGUUUCCUGCCAGACGGGGAGUACAAGGAGGUGCUAUGGCGUGCAAGUGCAGAGAGGAAGCAUCAGUGCAGCUUUAAGGGCAAGGACCCACAGCGCGACUGUCAGAACUACAUCAAGAUCCUCCUGCCAUUCAACAGCACCCACCUGUUCACCUGCGGCACAUCGGCCUUCAGCCCGGCCUGUACCUACAUUAACGUGAAGAACUUCACUCUGGCCCAGGACACAGCUGGGAACAUCCUCCUGGAAGAUGGCAAGGGCCGCUGUCCCUUCGACCCCAACUUCAAGUCCACGGCCCUGAUGGUUGACGGUGAGCUCUACACUGGAACAGCCAGCACCUUCCAGGGCAACGACCCAGUCAUUUCCCGGAGCCAAAGCCCGCGCCCCACCAAGACUGAGAACUCCCUCAACUGGCUGCAAGACUCAGCCUUCGCAGCCUCAGCCUACAUUCCCGAGAGCCUGGGCAGCCUGCAUGGUGACGAUGACAAGAUCUACUUCUUCUUCAGCGAGACUGGCCAGGAGUUCGAGUUCUUUGAGAACACCAUCGUGUCCCGUGUCGCCCGCAUCUGCAAGGCCGACCGGGGCGGUGAGCGGGUGCUGCAGCAGCGCUGGACAUCCUUCCUCAAGGCCCAGCUGCUGUGUUCUCGGCCUGAAGAUGGCUUCCCCUUCAACGUGCUGCAGGACGUCUUCACACUGACCCCCAGCCCCCAGGACUGGCGUGACACCCUGUUCUAUGGGGUCUUCACUUCCCAGUGGCACAGGGGGACCACCGAGGGCUCUGCUGUCUGCGUCUUCACCAUGAAGGACGUGCAGAGGGCCUUCCAUGGCCUCUACAAGGAGGUGAACCGUGAGACGCAGCAGUGGUACACCGCGACUGACCCCGUGCCAUCACCCCGGCCUGGAGCGUGCAUCACCAAUAGUACCCGGGAGAAGAACAUCAACUCAUCCCUGCAGCUCCCAGACCGAGUGCUGAACUUCCUCAAGAACCACUUUCUGAUGGAUGAGCAGGUCCGCAGCCAGCCGCUGCUGCUGCAGCCCCAAAUCCGCUACCAGCGAGUGACCGUCCACCGCACCCCUGGCCUGCACCACACUUACGACGUCCUCUUCCUAGGCACCCGUGACGGCCGGCUGCACAAGGCGGUGGGCGUGGGCCCCAGGAUGCAUAUCAUCGAGGAGCUCCAGAUCUUCUCACCAGACCAGCCCGUGCAGAACCUGCUCCUAGACACCCACAGGGGCCUGCUGUAUGCUGCUUCACACUCGGGUGUAGUCCAGGUUCCCGUGGCCAACUGCAGCCUAUACCAGAGCUGUGGAGACUGCAUCCUGGCCCGGGACCCCUACUGUGCCUGGAGCGGCUCCAGCUGCAGCCCCCCCAGCCACUACCAGCCUAAGCUGGCCUCCAGACCGUGGGUCCAGGACAUUGAGGGAGCCAAUGCCAAGGACCUCUGCAACACAUCCUCAGCCAAGCCCCGGUCUUCUGUACCAGCAGGCAAGAAGCCAUGUGAGCACGUCCAGUUCCAGCCCAACACGGUCAACACUCUGGUGUGCCCACUGCUGUCCAGCCUGGCCACCCGCUUCUGGCUGUACAAUGGGGCCCCCAUCAAUGCCUCAGCCUCCUGCCACGUGCUGCCCAGCGGGGACCUGCUGUUGGUGGGCAACCAGCAGAGCCUGGGGGAGUUCCAGUGCUGGUCCCUGGAGGAGGGCUUCCAGCAGCUGGUGGCCAGCUACUGCCCAGAGGUGGUGGAGGACGGGGAGGUGGACCAGACUGCCCGGGGAGGCAGCGUGCCUGUCAUCAUCAACACAUCGCGGGUGAGCGCGCCAGCUGGGGGCAAGUCCAGCUGGGGCGCAGACAAGUCCUACUGGAACGAGUUCUUGGUGAUGUGCACGCUCUUUGGGCUUGCCGUGGUGCUUCUGGCUUUAUUCUUCCUCUACCGGCACCGUGAUGGCAUGAAAGUCUUCCUGAAGCAGGGGGAGUGUGCCAGUGUGCACCCCAAGACCCGCCCCCUGGUGCUGCCGCCUGAGACCCGACCACUCAAUGGCAUAGGCCCCCCUUCCACUCCCCUGGACCACCGAGGCUAUCAGGCCCUGUCAGAUAGCUCCCCAGGACCCCGGGUCUUCACCGAGUCAGAGAAGAGGCCACUCAGCAUUCAGGACAGUUUUGUGGAGGUGUCGCCAGUGUGUCCCCGGCCCCGGGUCCGCCUUGGCUCCGAGAUCCGUGACUCCGUGGUGUGAGAACAGCUAUAAAAGGAGACCACCCUGGCUUCAGGGGCCAUGAACACUCAGAGGGAUGGCUGGACCUCUGCUCCUCGUGGAGCACCACUGUAGCGCCAGCUCAAGGCCGGCCGGCCCGCUGCACCUCGGCAAAGCAGUCAGCCUUCUAAUCUGGACAGCCAGGACCCUGUGAUCCUGGCCAACAAGGGGCUCUGCACUCCAGGGCCCGGUGGGGCCAUUCCAGGUAGGCUGAAGAGUGCCCCUUAGGUAAACUGAGCCCUUGUUGAAAAAGAAAUAGAAAAUGUGAAGCCAGAGUGAGACGGGGAGACACAACAUGGAAUGCCACUCAACGUCUGCCCCAGCUUGUGGUUUCCCAUCCUCCUGGCCUCCAGGGGACACUGGGGCCUCAUCUGAGGUGGUGGUCGGAGAGAGCGUGAAAUCCCUCACCACUGGCCUCUUCUGCCUUCACCAUAUCCUACUGCCACAGGCCGCCCUCUGUCACUGCAGAGCCAGGCCAGCUCGCCGACUGAGGGUAUAGUAGUUGCUGCCAUAAUCCCACCAUCUCAGGGACCAGAGGGUAAGGCUGGCACUGCAGCCCUCACCAGGCCCUGGAAUCAGACCCAACUUCCGGACCUUUCCGGCCUGUAUCAGGCUGUGGCCACACGAGAGAGAGAGAGCACAAGCCACAUGAGCCCAGGAAAGUUUCUGACAAAGUUCAUCUACCUUUCCCUGGGAAUCUAAGGAAGAGACGGUUGCCUGCCUGUCUCCUUCCAUCCCAGGCUGAGAGAACUGUGCAUCCCUUUCCAUCCUGUCCGCCCUGCUCCAAACACAGGAAGCUGAACUGUGCCCUGCCUCCUCCGCCCACACCUGCCUGCCUCCACUCCAAGGGACAUGACACUGCCCAGCAUAUGGGGUCCUGAAUAUAUGUGGGUUUUAUAUAUUUUUUGAUAAGAUGCACUUUAUUUGUCUUGUUUUUU